AUGUCUUCACUUCUGUCUCUAGCUGAUAUUCCUACCGUUUCAAUCUUGUACCGCGCGAAGCAUCUCCUUCCUGUGUCCUCAAAAUUCGCCCCAUCUCAGUCUCUCAACAACACCAUCUCCCUCAUUCGCAAUGACAUCACCAAGCUCCAAGUCGACUGUAUUGUGAACGCUGCUAAUGAGUCUCUCCUUGGAGGUGGUGGUGUGGAUGGUGCAAUUCACCGAGCUGCAGGCCCUCAGCUAGUUGAAGAAUGCUAUCAUCUUGAUGGAUGCGCGACUGGCGACGCGAAGAUCACCUCUGCCUACGAACUGCCUUGCAAAUGUGUUAUCCACACAGUUGGCCCAGUCUACACGAAGGAACACGACCCUGUCACGCUUCUUCGAUCCUGCUACCGACGUAGCCUGGAACUGGCAGUCGAAAACGGCAUGAAGAGCAUCGCCUUUGCUGCUAUCAGCACCGGAUUAUACGGAUACCCUAGUGAGAAAGCUGCCGAAGAUGCUAUUAAAGAAGUGCGGGCAUUUCUCACUGGACCUAAUAUCGAAAAGCUGGAGCGUGUCAUCUUCUGCAACUUUGAGCGCAAGGAUGUGAUCGCUUAUGAGAAAUUCAUUCCGCAAUAUUUUCCUCCCACCGCAGAGGACUUGGCUGAGAGCAACGACGAUUGA